GUUUGCUUUCCAGGCACUUCUGCAGAGCAGGGCUGAGUGUGAGCCAGGUCCUGGAAUCGGAGGGACUGCAGUGCAUCCUCUUUCUUUCCUUCCUUCCUUCCUCCCAGUCUGGCAGGACGGGAUCUGCAGUGAGGUGCAGAGAGCUGUGGCGCAGCCCGGAGCUCCCGCUGUUCCCUGGAGAGCCAUCGACUUAGUGGGAUAAAAAAGGCUCUGAAUCAAUCCCAGGGCCGUGCUGCUGGCUGGAGACCACCAUGACGGACUCCAAGUACUUCACCACCACCAAGAAAGGGGAGAUAUUUGAGCUGAAGGCUGAGCUGAACAGCGACAAGAAGGAGAAGAAGAAGGAGGCUGUGAAGAAGGUGAUCGCCUCCAUGACGGUGGGCAAGGACGUCAGCGCUCUCUUCCCAGAUGUGGUGAACUGCAUGCAGACAGACAACCUGGAGCUGAAGAAGCUGGUCUACCUCUAUCUGAUGAACUAUGCUAAGAGCCAGCCAGACAUGGCCAUCAUGGCUGUGAACACCUUUGUGAAGGACUGUGAGGAUCCCAACCCGCUGAUCCGGGCUCUGGCCGUGCGCACCAUGGGCUGCAUCCGCGUGGACAAGAUCACGGAGUACCUGUGCGAGCCCCUGCGCAAGUGCCUCAAGGACGAGGACCCCUACGUGAGGAAAACUGCAGCCGUCUGCGUGGCCAAGCUGCACGACAUCAACGCCCAGCUGGUGGAGGACCAGGGCUUCCUGGACACCCUCAAGGAUCUCAUCUCAGACUCCAACCCCAUGGUGGUGGCCAACGCGGUGGCGGCACUGUCGGAAAUCGCGGAGUCUCAUCCCAGCAGCAACCUCCUGGACCUCAACCCCCAGUCCAUCAACAAGCUGCUCACAGCCCUCAAUGAGUGCACUGAGUGGGGCCAGAUCUUCAUCCUGGACUGCCUGGCAAACUACAUGCCCAAGGAUGACCGGGAAGCACAGAGCAUCUGCGAGCGGGUGACACCGCGCCUGUCCCACGCCAACUCUGCCGUGGUGCUGUCGGCUGUCAAGGUGCUGAUGAAGUUCAUGGAGAUGCUGUCCAAGGACCUGGAUUAUUAUGGCACUCUCCUGAAGAAGCUGGCCCCACCACUGGUUACUCUGCUGUCUGCAGAGCCCGAGCUGCAGUACGUGGCCCUACGCAACAUCAACCUCAUCGUGCAGAAGAGGCCCGAGAUCCUGAAGCACGAGAUGAAGGUGUUCUUUGUCAAGUACAACGACCCCAUCUACGUCAAACUGGAGAAACUGGACAUCAUGAUCCGCCUGGCCUCCCAGGCCAACAUAGCUCAGGUGCUGGCAGAGCUGAAGGAAUAUGCCACAGAGGUGGAUGUGGAUUUUGUCAGGAAGGCGGUGAGAGCCAUCGGCCGCUGUGCCAUCAAGGUGGAGCAAUCAGCUGAGCGCUGUGUCAGCACCCUGCUGGACCUCAUCCAGACCAAGGUCAACUACGUGGUGCAGGAGGCCAUCGUGGUCAUCAAGGACAUCUUCCGCAAGUACCCCAACAAGUACGAGAGCGUGAUCGCCACGCUCUGCGAGAACCUGGAUUCCCUGGACGAGCCCGAGGCCAGGGCUGCCAUGAUCUGGAUCGUGGGGGAAUACGCCGAGCGCAUCGACAACGCCGACGAGCUGCUGGAGAGCUUCCUGGAGGGCUUCCAUGAUGAGAGCACCCAGGUGCAGCUGCAGCUGCUGACAGCCAUCGUGAAGCUGUUCCUGAAGAAGCCCACAGAGACACAGGAGUUGGUGCAGCAGGUGCUGAGCUUGGCCACACAGGACUCGGACAACCCCGACCUGCGGGAUCGUGGCUACAUCUACUGGCGCCUGCUCUCCACGGACCCCGUGGCCGCCAAGGAGGUGGUGCUGGCCGAGAAGCCGCUGAUCUCGGAGGAGACGGAUCUGAUCGAGCCCACGCUGCUGGACGAGCUCAUCUGCUACAUCGGGACGCUGGCCUCGGUGUACCACAAACCCCCCAGCGCCUUCGUGGAGGGCAGCAGGGGCGUCGUGCACAAGAGUUUGCCCCCGCGGACGGACUCGGGUGAGAGUCCUGAGAGCCCGGACACAGCCCCGUCGGGGGGGCCAGCAGCAGAUCAGCCCUCUGUCAUCCCCACCCAGGGGGACCUGCUUGGGGACCUGCUCAACCUGGACCUGGGCCCCCCAGUGAGCGGGCCACCCAUGGCCACCUCCGCCGUGCAGAUGGGCGCUGUGGACCUCCUCGGGGGUGGUCUGGACAGGCUGAUGGGGGACGAGUCGGAAGGGCUGCGCAGCGAUGUGGGAGGCAGCCCUGCUAUGGGUGGCAGCAGUGGCAGCUUCACACCAGCUCCCAGCACCACGGCGCCCACAAACAUGGGGGCACCCCUUGGCAGCGGCCUGGGUGACCUCUUCGACCUCACCGGUGGGGUGGGGACCCUCUCAGGAUCCUAUGUGGCCCCCAAAACGGUCUGGCUCCCUGCCAUGAAAGCCAAGGGGUUGGAGAUCUCUGGCACCUUCAGCCGCCAGGUGGGCUCCAUCUCCAUGGACCUCGUGCUGACCAACAAAGCCCUGCAGGUCAUGUCUGACUUUGCCAUCCAGUUCAACCGCAACAGCUUCGGCCUGGCCCCAGCAGCCCCUCUGCAGGUGCAUGCGCCUCUGGCUCCCAACCAGUCCGUGGAGAUCUCCCUGCCCCUCAACACCGUGGGCUCCGUCAUGAAGAUGGAGCCCCUCAACAACCUCCAGGUGGCAGUGAAGAACAACAUUGAUGUCUUCUACUUCAGCACCCUGUACCCCCUGCACAUCCUGUUCGUGGAGGAUGGCAAGAUGGAGAGGCAGACAUUCCUGGCCACCUGGAAGGACAUUCCCAACGAGAACGAGACCCAGUUCCAGAUCAAAGACUGUUCCCUCAACGCAGACGCUGUGAGCAGCAAACUCCAAGGCAGCAACAUCUUCACCAUUGCAAAGAGGAACGUGGAGGGCCAGGACAUGCUCUACCAAUCCCUGAAGCUCACCAACGGCAUCUGGGUGCUGGCAGAGCUCCGGAUCCAGCCCAGCAACCCCAGCUUCACGGAUUUGGAGUUAUCCCUGAAAUGCCGAGCACCAGAGGUGUCCCAGUACAUCUACCAAGCGUAUGAGACCAUCCUGAAGAACUGAGGUGCUGCUGCAGCCUUUCCUCCUCCUCCUCCUCCUCCUCGCUUUCCUCCUCCUCCUCCCUUUCCUGCCUGAGGGAGCAGGGCUGGAUCUGUGUGCAUGUCCCCUUUCCCUCCUGCCCAGAACCCAGUCCCUGGGGUUCUCCCUCCCUCGGGGGGCUGGGGGGAGCAGAGGGGGCAGGGGGCUGUCCCCAGUCCCUGCAUCCCUGCAGCAAUCCGUGUGUGAGUGAUGCCAUGUGCUCCUCGCUGGUGCUGCUCUCUCCACAUCCCAGUUUCACCCUCAGGCUCCCAAAAACCCCAGCUUCUGUUUCUGGCUCUCAUGGAGUGCUGGCUGGUGGUGGGUUCAGCAUUCCAGACCCUGGGAAUAGCUGCUGGGGGGCCCAGAGUGCCGUGGCAUUAGGUGGCUCUGGCUGCAGAUCCCCCUGGAGCCCUGGGAUUUGGGGCUGGAGCAGGUGGGAAACAGCUUUGGCUCUCCCUGAUACUGUGCCCUGGUUCAGCAGAACCUCACCUGUGGGUGAGCCCUUCCCAGAGGAUCUCCUCUCCAUGGGAGCCCUUCCCAAAGCUCCCAGAAGGGCCUGAGGAUCCCACAUUUGAGGCUGUACUUAAGGUGCAGGUUAAAAAGGGCUUUUCCAGCCCCCUCCAGCCCCUGCCAUGGGCCAGGAGGGCUCUGAGCAUCCCCUCUCCCCCUGCCCAGCCCCACAGCUCCCUCUGCUCCCCUGGGGCUCCCACUGCUCCUUCCCCCACAAAUCAAGCCAUGGGUCCCCCCACCUCGAAGCAGGAAAUCUCUAAUAUAUGAAAGAUAAAUAUAUUGUAA